AUGAUCAUUUUGAUCCGCCAUGCGCAGUCGGAGGGAAACAAGAAUCGGGAAAUCCACCAGACCGUGCCGGAUCACCGGGUGAAACUGACAGUUGAAGGGCACCGGCAAGCAAGGGAGGCGGGCACUAAGCUGCGUGCACUGCUGCGUCCCGACGACACGCUGCAUUUUUUUACCUCUCCGUAUCGAAGGACCCGCGAGACGACCCAGGGAAUCCUAGAGUCGCUGACCUCGGACCGGCCCUCCCCCUCACCGUUCAUACGGCAGACGAUUAAAGUAUACGAGGAGCCGCGGUUGCGAGAACAAGACUUUGGAAACUUCCAGCCAUGCACGGCCGAGAUGGAGCGGAUGUGGCAUGAACGAGCGGACUACGGGCACUUCUUCUACCGGAUCCCCAGCGGCGAGUCUGCCGCAGACGCCUAUGACCGGGUGAGCGGCUUCAACGAGUCGCUGUGGCGCCUGUUUGGCGAAAAUGACUUUGCCAGCGUGUGCGUCCUAGUCACCCAUGGCCUGAUGACGCGCAUCUUCCUGAUGAAAUGGUACCACUGGAGCGUCGAGUACUUUGAGGAUCUCCGGAACAUCAAUCACUGCGAGUUCGUCGUGAUGAAGCUCAACUCGGACAACGGCAAAUACGUUCUCGAGAACCAGCUGCGGACGUGGUCUGAG